UAACUCAGAAACUCUGCUGGGCUUCAGAGGACUUUUUUUGUUGGAUUUUGGACUACAUCACAAAAGCAGUGCUAUAUUUUUCAUUUUAUUUAUUUACUAAGGAGCACAAGUGUCUUUCUUCUUUUGCCCAAGUUCCCUAUAUAAAAACCCUGUGACUGAAUAUGAAGUGCACUUAUCUUUAACAUUUCAUAUUUAACUGGGCAUUUGCCUUCUAAUCUAGUUAAUUAACUUUACUUCUGAUCUGUACACAUGUAAUGAAAUUAAAUGUUAUUAUUAGAUUGCACAGCAUACUGGAAAGUGCCAAAAUGUCCCUAUAUGCUGUGUUUUUAGAAGUUUGCCUGCUUACUUUCUAGGAGAAAUGUUCUACAACUUCCAUGGUGAUUUACCUAUUGGUCUAACAGAUCUUGACAAACUUUUCACAGAGCAGGGCUACAGAAAGUAUCUAAGGAUGGUACUAUCUUCACAAAUAAAACAAGAUUUGGCUUAACACUAGUGGGAAGGUUAAGUUUGUGCACUGAGCUAACAGUAGUGACAGAAAUAUUCACUAAGGUACCUGUUUAGUAGGGAAAAACAGUGCAGGGAUGAACAAACAUUUCUCAGUGAUGUGAAAAAAAUAAAAUUAUAUAUAUAAAACUUUGACAUACAGUGUACAAACUCAAUUUAUUCAGACAAAUUAUUACUUAGGACUGGUACUAUUCUUUACUGCAUAUUGAGAUAUUGAACAGUGUCAUGGUACAGAUGGCAUGAUGAUUGUACUUCAUCCAGUACAAAUAAAGGCCUCUUUCAGGACCAGCCUAGCUCUGAUAUAUCUGCAUGUGCAUCCUUCCCUACCAGAGUUUCUUGGGAGUGACAGUUUCUUGUAAUCCAUUAAACCCUGGUCUGUGCGCUCUGCUGCACAGGUCCGGUUGUCUGGUUGUGUUCAUCCCUUCAGCAGGGCUGAGGAAGUCCAUCCCUCCUGAACCUGUCCAUGAUCAAAAGGAAAUGUAACUGAAGGGAUGCCCAGUCUUGCCUGGACUCUGUCUUACUGAGCCCCCGGUCCAGCCACAGCCUCCUGCAGGACCCCCCCAGCAAGUCCCAGUCCUCAUGGAGCCCACGCUGAACAUCAAGCCCUCUCACCACUCAGGGAGAGCGACCCUCAGCCGCUGUCCUGUGACAUGCUUUAUGUCUUCGCUCAUGUUUUCUUCAGGAAACACUGUCUUUUGUGGAGGAAGGCAGACAGACAGACAAUUCCUGUAAUUUUGCUAGAGAACAAAAGUGGUAAUUUCAGUAGUCACUUUAGUAAGCCCUUGCUCAUGGAGCUCAUGAGAGUGAUCUGCCAGCAAAGUAACACUAUCCUCCUGUGGGAUUUUCAAGAGAUGUUGGCACCAAAGAGCAUUUAUUCUUCCCCGUGAUUAAAUUUCUUCAGUCCUUAUGAGACACUUUAAUUCUUACAAAUACAGAGAAUAUGUAUCUCUAACAAACUCAUGAGCGUGGAUGGGCUAAACACCCACUUUCUUCCUUUUCACCAAGCCAGUUUAAACUGCACUCUAUCCUCUACCAGCCAGGUUUGUUUAGAAGUAUAUUCAGAUAAGCACAGCUCUGUCUGAUGAAUGGGCUGUUUCCUCACAAGAAGAGGCAAAAUUCCCACAUUUCUGAUGAGACAGCAGCAGGUGCCUUGACUUCUCCCCAUCAGAAUUACGAGUAUGUGACCAAACCAGGGCUCAUCUAAGAGGCAUCUAUUUUCCUUGGAAGCAUGACAAAGGUAUUGAAAGAUGGAGGGAAGUACUUUCUGGACACUCCCAACGAGGACUGUGGAAACUGGAUGAUGUUUGUCCGGUUAGCCCGGAACCAAGAAGAACAGACUCUUGUGGCUUAUCAGCACUGCGGAGAAGUCUACUUCACAACUGUUAAGCCAAUUGAACCCCACACAGAAUUAAAAGUAUGGUAUGCUGCCGAUUAUGCCAAAUUUAUGGAAGCUUCUGCAGUCUUCAUUAAGGAAGAAUCUUAUGUCUGCCCUUUGCCUCCAGUAACAACAAAAGAGCCCGUAGACCCUUGGAUAUGCUCCAGCUGUAGAAACGCUUUUGCAACUUUUGCUCUGCUGGAAUCUCACCAGUGCGCCAAUAAAGACCGAGUCCUUACCACCAGGUUCAGACCACCAAAUAAAUUGGGACCUGUAAAAACAAAAAGCAAGCUCAAAGGGAAACUGAGAGGAGCAGCAUUAGGCAAAAGCACUGUACAGUGCUACGGGACCAUUUCCUGUUCCUCUGCUGCAAAGCUUAGCUGUGCCAGCUCAGGAAGCACUUGUGAUGCUCUUGUGAGGUUUAUACCUAAAUGGAGAAAUGGCCGGUCUUCACUGUUGAAGGGAAGAGAAGUGAAGCAGCCAGACAAUUACCCUUGCCGACUCUGCGGGAAGAUAUUUGAUUCCAUUGAAAAGCUCACAGUCCACACUUACGCGCACAAAGGGGAGCGCCCCUACAAGUGUUCACAGCACGGAUGCACAAAAGCCUUCAUUUCCAAAUAUAAACUGCUCAGGCACUCAGCCACUCAUUCUCCCCAGAAAUCUCACCAAUGUGGCUAUUGUGAAAAGACCUUUCACAGGAAAGACCAUCUGAAGAAUCACCUUCAAACUCAUGACCCUAACAAGAUGGCCUUCAAGUGUGAAGAGUGUGACAAGAAGUACAACACCAAGCUAGGCUAUAAGAGACACUUGGCUCUCCAUGCAGCCACCAGUGGGGACCUUACCUGUAGGGUAUGUGCCCAAGAGUUUGGAGGUACCGAAAUUUUGUUGGAACACCUCAAAAGUCAUGCAGGAAAACCAGCUGGCAAUAUCAAGGAGAAGAAACACAAGUGUGAUCAUUGUGAGCGUCACUUCUAUACCCGUAAAGAUGUGCGGCGACACAUGGUAGUUCACACGGGCUGCAAAGACUUUCUAUGCCAGUUUUGUGCCCAGAGAUUUGGGCGGAAGGACCAUUUGACCCGCCAUACUAGGAAAACUCAUCCACAAGAGCUGCUGAAGAGCAGGUUGCAGAAUGGUAACUCGUUGGGUCUCCUCGACCAGCUUCUUCCAUUCAGACUGAAGGAAGAUGCCAGCAUACUGUCCUCUUUUCCUGACAGGACCUCUAUGCAGAGUGGGGUUCUGAACAGCUCAGAACCAGAGGAAUACAGCUGUUCACAUCUUCACUCCCAGCCAAGCCUACAAACUGCUGUUCCUCUUGAACCUCCUCCUCAUUUACCAAGGAUGGGCUGCGUAGACAGCCUUUCAGCUGUCCAUCCCACUCCAUGCCCACCAACCAUUCCUGCCAACCUGAACCUUCAUCAGCCUAAUAAAUAUGACCUUAGUUCUACCUCAUUUGCAGCAGGAUCCCUCAAGAAUCUACCGAUCAAAGUGGAUGUUAAGGGUUACAAUGUGCAUCUUCUUGAGGACCUGCCAUUAUCAGAACCUCAGGAAGAAGCAUCCUCAGGGCCUGCAGGUGAUACUAAUAAGUACCCAGUGCACAAGGAGACAGAGACUGCAGCUGAAACUACCAGCAUGUCUUUCAUGGAUCUCACUCAUAUAAUGAGUUUCUGGCAACUCCCACCAUGUGACAGCCAGAGCACUACUGGGGACAUCACAAUGGCAUUUGGUCCAGAAGAACCAUCACAUAGACUGAAUGGCCUUGGCCAGCAGCAAGGUCCACAGCUAGCUACUGGUGGCAUGGCCAUAAACCAGCUGCAUCAUAUUCCUCGCUCCUUUCCAUCCACUACAAAUUCUGUAACAUUGCCUCAUUUUCACCAUGCCUUCAAAUAACUAUCAGCUCUUGGGGGGGGGGGGGGGGGAAGGGGUUGUUUGUUUGUUUGGGGUUUUUUAGACUAUGCUUCUUACUUAAUUCUGUUAGGAAAGGGCUUUUUUUUUGUAAUGAAAAAGCUAUCCCAAAUGUUUUCAAAGCGCAUUAUGAAGACAGUAGAUCAAUUCAGAAUAUUAAUAAACAAGAAGCUCUAUUUUCAUACUACUAUUAGUUUUUAGCAUAUGACAAUAGUAAGACUAACAUAUUUCCUCAACACUCUCCACGUUUUUGUUUCUUACAUUUCAACCAAACAACUGAAUAAAUAUCUUCAAUAGAAAUUCAAAGCAUCCAUAACAGGCACAGUAAAAUAAUGGCUGCUAUGGGAGGCAGAGAGAGGGUUAGGGUGAAUGGGAAGAAGGGGGGGGGAAAAUCACAGAAAAAGGUAACUUUAAUGAGCCAUAAAUCACUGUAAAUGUAUACACAUAACAAACUGUUAAUAUGAAUGAUUUAUGAACAUCACAUAGAUUUCAGUGUAAAGCACUUAAUUACUGAACUUUAUGAAGUUUUAAUUUAAAUCAAAAUCAUUCAAAGAGGAAAUAUUAUCUCCUUGUUUUGCUUUUUUAAAAUGAAGAAAAUCACUGUUGUGAUUAUGUUUAACUAGAUUUCAUUUUCUGAAAUGCACUUCAGCUGUGUGUAUCUCCUGCAUUAUUCCUAGGGUUGGGGAAAAACUACCACUGCUGCCUGAUUAUGUAAGACCAGAUGUCUAGAAUACAUAGUGUUUUCAGAAGGGGAAGUGAAUUGUCUCAAAGGUUACAAUAAAACGUAUCAUUGCCAUUUAGAACUUGAUCUGGUGAGAUAUUAGACACUGAUCUCACUCUGAUAGAGCACUUAAGCAAUUACUUAAAUUUAAACCUGUGUGGGCUUAACAUCUUGCUUGACUUAACACAAUAAAAAUAGUACUUUCUAACUAAGGGACCUUUAUUCACUUUCUGUUGAUAAAAAUGGCCUCUGCUUAGUCUGGGAAAUGAUUAUUAAUUAUAGCCAUCUGAAACCUGCAUUCCUUGACAGUUUGCCAGCCCUGUCAAGGCAGCCUGCACAGGAGAGCCUCCAGCUGAGCUGAGCUUCUGUUGGUCAAUGUCCAUCCCAUGUGCCCAAGCACUGUGGUAGUCACCUCACCCAACUUGCCCUGUGCACUAUUCGAGGCUAUGGGAUGUGAACCUGCCUCAAAACUAUCCCUGAAAUUAACAGGAAUGAUAAUGGUCACAGUCAUUUUAGUUCUCUGGGUUUUCCUCAGAAAUUUUGGCCAUUUACUGUUAGUCUUUGUUUCUUCCAAGCCAGGACACUGGAAUUUUGUUUGUUGCCUUUGGUAGGUUGUCCACGUAUAUUCCCAGCUGACAGCAUGUUGGUGUCACAGCCCAUUCCCCUGACAAAUGAACCAGCAGAAAAAAAAAAGUCCUCUCAGUUUUGGGAUAUGGUGCUGUUACUAAUACAUUCUGUUGCAGGUAAAACAUGCAGAAUUCCUGGAUUUGAAUUAACAAUCUCAUAAUCUGAGAUCUACUUUUCCAUUAAACCCAAAGAGAGUUAAUAGUACCUAAUCAUCAACACAGGCAUAGCGUGGAAUAAGCAUGUUCUUUUGUCUCCCAUUAAUCACAGGAAUAUUUCUGGACAGCUUCUAAUAAUCAAUCAGUGUUAUAAAAAUGAUUGCUAUUCUCAUAUUAAUAAACUACAAUGACAGAUCUGAAUGUUCUUACAAGUUUAUCAGCAUUUGGAUUAAGGAAAGAUUGUAAUACUGCAGUUGGUUCAAGAAGAUAUACUUCAGAUACACUGUUGAGGUUUUCUUUUUUGUGAUGAAAAUGACUUUUUUGGCAUAAGACAAAACAAAGGAAUUUUUGAAUGAUUCUUGUAAUAGCAAAAGCAGUAGGAAGAGUGGAUAGCUACAUAUUAUUGUUCAGUUAGUAAUUGUUUAAAUUAUGAAUUCCAGAAUACUGAAAAAUUUGGAAACAACAUUACAUGCACAUUUUACUAAUCUAUCAUGUUUUUAUCCAGACUUUUAAAGGCAUGUGUAUAUUCAUUUACUACAUUGUUCUUCCUGUUCAUACAAAUUGUAUUCACUUGGCUUCAUCCAAGAUUAUGUGCUUAAAAAACAAAAAACAAAAAAAACCCCGCAGAUUCUCAUGG